AUGAAUUUGAUGUUCCGGAAGAACUUCAGCGGAGAGAAGAGCAUGGGCACUAGCGGGGGUGGAGGGAAGGCGAGGGGGGCGCUGGGUGCAGGGAGGAAUGCCAAGCGGCGCGAUCGCGAGCGGUACUCCUUCAUGGAGGAAAACCACUACAAGACGCUGAAGACCCAUCUGUUCCUCUCGGCGGCGCCCCGCUCCAGCGCGCAGUACAACGACGGCUCAGAACGAUGCGGCCCCGUUCUCGGCGGAGGGACCGGCCCCGAGCCGGAGCCGCCGCAGCCGCUGGUCACGCGGGAGCCGUCGGUGUCGCUCAUGCGCUGGGACCGGCCCGCCACCGCAGCCACCUCCGACCGCCGGCGCACCGAGCCCGUCUCGCUAGCGACCCUCGAGCGCGACUGCUUCGUGAUACCAGCGCACGCGCUCGAACGCUUCCUGCCUGAUGGCGUACCGCUCCCAGUGCCACCCCCAACUCCCGAAAAAGGAGGACUAACGAAGACUGUUCCAAGUUCCCUCAGCAUACUCGAGAUAGCUGACCCCAAGCUUUGUAUAUUGGCUCACCUGAUGAGCCCUUUAGAGCCCAUAGAGCCUAUACUGGAGUCUCCUCUGGCCAAGCCUCUGAUACGGCAGAAGACGGCCGCAGGAGAGCUCCUGAGUGACGUGGCUCAGGCGAACACGGCGGUGGGCGGGAUGCUUCUAGCGAACAUGGAAAAGAACGCGGAGUUUCCAUUCAUAUCUUACUAUGUGAUAAAUACGACACAAACAGAUCCUUUGCUUUUCUACAACAACAUGAGGAGUGCGUCUCUGAACAAGUUUGACCCGAAGACGAUCAGGUACUCGGCUGCGCACACGCUGGAUCUCUACAGCGAGGUGGCGAUGAUAUGCCGGCCGCCUUUCAACGACCUCGCCGGGGGACCCAAGAAGUCGCAUACCCCUACUACUGGCUUCAUUAUUAGCGUUUAUAAGGUCUUCGAAGGCGACGACGGCGAGCGUUUCGAGAGAAACUGGCUGUACUGGACCGGCGCUCGAAUGUUGUACCGGCAUCUACCCCACUCUGUGGGCAUGAGGAAGAUAGCAUUGCACAAAUCCGUAGCCUCUCAUGGCGACAAGAUGUACUUGUUGGUGUGUGAGUGCGCCAAUUUGCUGGACGACUUGUCAGGCGCCUCCAUGUUGGUGACGGCUCUCCGCGCGCGGUUGUGUGGGUAUACCGGGCUAUACCGGCCUAUACAGACGUUCUAGUAGAGGGAUGGCCUGAAGGCCUGUAGGUAUGUCCGAGGGCACUUGAGGAUCAAGUUUUGUAAGUUUUGAGAUUAAUUGUACCGUCAAUCAAGUUUUGCGCGUUUUAAUUGUACCGACAUUAUGCCAACCAGUGCUGUAGUUAAUUUUAAACUUUUGCGUUGCACAAUUUAAUUAAAUUAAACAGGUUUUAACGUGAUACGCGGAUAGGUAAUAUUGAAAUAUUACCUGUGUUUGCCUGACGUUUCGACCGCGUUGCACGGACUUGCACGGGCCGCGGUCACAGGCUGACUGGAGCGUCGAGUGCGCGAUCCGUAUGGUGGGUAGAAUCAUCUAAUUCUACCCCCUUAAUAUUGCCCAAGU